CCCAGCCGCGCCCCUGAGGCUCGACACCCCGCCCCUACGCGGAAGGUCGCAGAGGCAGCACGGCGGCCGCGGAACCCGCACCAUGGCCGCCACCACGCCGCUUCGCGACUGUCAGGCAUGGAAGGAUGCCCGGCUGCCACUCUCAACACCAAGCAAUGAGGCCUGCAGGCUAUUUGACGCCACCCUGACCCAGUACGUAAAAUGGACCAACGACCAGGGCCUUGGUGGCAUUGAGAGCUGCCUGUCAAAGCUCAAAGCGGCAGAUCCGACCUUCGCCAUGGGCCACGCCAUCGCUAAUGGCCUCGUGCUGAUUGGCACCGGAAGCUCCGUGAGGCUGGACAAAGAGCUGGAUGUGGCCGUGAAGACGAUGGUGGAGAUUUCCAAAACCCAGCCCCUGACCCACCGGGAGCAGCUGCACGUGUCUGCAGUAGAGACCUUUGCCAAGGGGAACUUCCCGAAAGCCUGUGAGCUAUGGGAGCAGAUUCUCCGGGACCACCCAACAGACAUGUUGGCUCUGAAGUUUUCCCACGAUGCCUACUUUUACCUGGGCUACCAGGAGCAAAUGCGAGAUUCCGUGGCUCGAGUUUAUCCCUUCUGGACACCCGACAUCCCCCUGAGCAGCUACGUGAAAGGCAUCUAUUCUUUCGGACUAAUGGAAACCAAUCUCUAUGAUAGGGCAGAAAAGCUGGCGAAAGAGGCUUUAUCCAUUAACCCGACGGACGCGUGGUCGGUGCACACCAUUGCGCAUAUUCACGAGAUGAAAGCGGAGGUCCAGGAAGGCCUGGAGUUCAUGCAGCACUCGGAAGCCCACUGGAAGGACUCUGACAUGCUUGCUUGUCAUAAUUAUUGGCACUGGGCCUUAUAUCUGAUUGAAAAGGGCGAAUACGAGGCUGCGCUGACCAUUUACGAUGACCACAUCCUGCCCAGCCUGCAGGCCAGCGGGGCGAUGCUGGACGUGGUGGACAGCUGCUCCAUGCUGUACCGGCUGCAGAUGGAAGGGGUCUCCGUGGGCCAGCGGUGGCAGGACGUCCUGUCUGUGACCCGGAAGCACAGCCGAGACCACGUCCUGCUCUUCAACGAUGCGCACUUCCUGAUGGCGUCACUGGGCGCGGGGGAUGCCCAGACCACGCAGGAGCUGCUGACCACCCUGCGGGACGCCAGCGAGUCCCCGGGGGAGAACUGUCAGCACCUCCUGGCCCGCGAUGUGGGGCUGCCCCUGUGCCAGGCCCUGAUGGAGGCCCAGGACGGGAGCCCCGAACGCGUGGUGGAGCUGCUCCUGCCCAUCCGCUACCGGCUGGUCCAGAUCGGAGGCAGCAACGCCCAGAGAGACGUCUUCAACCAGUUACUGAUUCACGCGGCCUUGAACUGCUCGUCUGACCUCCACAAGCACGUGGCCCGGAGCCUUCUGAUGGAGCGAGAUGCCUUAAAGCCCAACUCCCCGCUGACCGCCAGGCUCAUCCGCAAGGCGGCCGCCAUCCACCUCCUGUAGUGAGCCAGCCUGGCUGCCCGCCCCACGGGGCCGCCGUGGCCCUCAGACUGGCUGCUGCAUUGGCUUCGCGGGGUUACAGGUGGCCAGGCCUGUAAAGGAGAAGGCCCUGUAACCAGCAGCGUUAUGGGAAGAAGGGGCAGAAAUCAAUUUUCAGCAUGGUUCCAAAUCUUCUUCUAAUCCUCGCUCAGGGCCAUGGUGCGGUUUCAAGCAGAGCCGAGGUGGGGGCUGCAUUUCCACUUGCCUCAAAAACUGUUUUCCCAGGGGACCCUGCCUUACACCUCCCAGUUGUUCAAGGGUUGGAAGGCAGGGGUGGGGUGGGGUGGUGGUGGGCUCAGCUCGGGGAGGGGAGUCUCCCACCCAGCCCUAGAGGCACCCCUCUCCCCACUCUAGGCUGCCCCUGGGAUAAACCCCAUCAUUCUGCCUUCCUCUCCAUAUUCUGGAAAGGUUCUGUUGUCCCACCUUUUGGGUGAGGGUACCCAUGGUGGGGAGUGACUUGCCCAGGGUCCCAACUAGUGGGGGCCCUGUGCCUCCUGGGAGAGAGGGGCCCCCACCUCAGUGCCUGGGCCCUCGGCCCUUCUGCUGUGUCUGCAAAGACGCCUGCAAGCUUCCCUUGGGGCUUUAGUGGCGCUGAUUUGGGUUGAUUUUCUCUUAAUUCUAAACUGCACAUUGUCAACCAUGAUUCUUAAAAAUUUUUGCUUCACACAGGAAUAUAGUUGAUUUAUAAUGUUGUGUUAGUUUCAGCAGCGUGGUUCAAUUACACAUACACAUGUCUGCUAUUUUUCAUGUUCUUUUCCCUGUUAGGUUGUUAGACUGUGGGGUAGAGCUCCCUGCGCUCUGCAGUAGGUCCUUGCUGAUUAUUUUUGUCAACCAUGAUUUUAAUCAUACGUAUGCACACUCAUUGGUCUGCUGUGCCUUCUGAGGAUUGAGGAUUGAGCGAAGAGGCAGAAACCAAAGCCUUGUGAUGUGGCUUUAACAAGAUCGGAGCCAGUUUUAUAAUUGCUGCCUCUGUCUCCCUCCCCGCAGAGAACCCGGCCCUGACGUCCAACUUGGUGGUGCUGUGAGAGGCAGUCUCAGCCCACUGGUGUUUCUUGGGUUCCUUCAGUGCAAACUGAAAUUAGGGAAGGGACUCACGGGGGCAGGGAGGGGGGCAGGUCUUCCGGGAGGCAGCAGACACCUCUAAAUUGACUAGACACAUUUCCUGGGAUUAAAAUAAACUAGUUAAUUGGUU